AUGGCCGCUGUCGACGUUCCGCGCCCAAAUGGCGAUUUUGUGCAUCCGGAUCGCCAAAAAAUCCGAGUGCGCCCGCAACACCGAAACCACGCGAUUCGAACGCCACGCAGCCCAAAACCGCGAUUACUAUGGAUGAGAUGGCAGCGUAUACGAAGGCGACCCUCCGGCCUCCGGGGCAUUACUGAGGAUGCAGGAGACUCUCCGAGCGCUAAGACCAUGCGAUUCAUCCAUUUUGUUGACCAGUUCAUGGUUGAACAAUGGUUUUGGGGGUUUGACUCAGUAGUGGCACUUGUUGACGUGUCCCAUUGA